AUGGCCGCCGUGGAGGAUGAGACGCUGAGGGCGUUCGAAGAGGAGGACGACGCCAUGAUGAAUGAGCCGGACGGCGAGCCCAUGGACGACGAGGAGGAGGCCGACUCCCCGGCGACGAUGAAGGUCGGCGAGGAGAAGGAGAUCGGGAAGCAGGGGCUGAAGAAGAAGCUCGUCAAGGAGGGCGAGGGCUGGGAACGGCCCGAAACCGGCGACGAGGUCGAAGUGCACUACACGGGCACUCUCCUCGACGGGGCCAAGUUCGAUUCGAGCCGAGACCGCGGGACUCCCUUCAAGUUCAAGCUCGGGCAGGGGCAGGUGAUCAAGGGAUGGGACCAGGGCAUCAAGACCAUGAAGAAAGGCGAGAACGCCGUCCUCACCAUCCCGCCGGACCUCGCGUACGGCGAGGCGGGCUCCCCGCCCACGAUCCCGCCCAACGCGACGCUCCGGUUCGACGUCGAGCUCCUCUCGUGGGCCAGCGUCAAGGACAUCUGCAAGGACGGCGGCAUCUUCAAGAAGGUCCUCGUCGAGGGUCAGAAAUGGGAGAAUCCCAAGGAUCUGGACGAAGUUACUGUCAAGUACGAGGCCAGACUCGAGGAUGGAUCGGUCGUGUCCAAGUCAGAGGGUAUUGAAUUCGCAGUGAAGGAUGGUUACUUCUGCCCGGCACUUUCCAAAGCCGUCAAGACCAUGAAGAAGGGCGAGAAGGUCCUCCUGACCGUCAAGCCACAAUAUGGUUUUGGCGAGCAAGGAAGGCCGGCUUCUGAAGUUGAAGGCGCCGUGCCCCCGAAUUCCACAUUGCAUAUCGAUCUUGAGCUAGUCUCCUGGAAGACGGUCACCCUCAUCGGUGAAGACAAGAGGAUCUUGAAGAAGGUGCUCAAGGAAGGAGCAGGCUACGAGCGCCCCAACGACGGGGCAGUUGUGAGUGUGAGGCUGAUCGGCAAGUUGGACGACGGCACUGUGUUCACGAAGAAAGGACAUGAAGGCGACGAACCAUUCGAGUUCAGGACGGAUGAGGAGCAGGUCAUCGAAGGGCUGGACACGACGGUGCUCACCAUGAAGAAAGGAGAGGUCGCGUCAGCUAGAAUACCACCUGAACAUGCGUUCGGAUCCACCGAGACGAAGCUUGAUCUUGCUGUGGUUCCUCCCAACUCCACCGUCUUCUAUGAAGUGGAGAUUGUUUCCUUCGACAAGGAGAAAGAAUCUUGGGACUUGAAGAGUAAUGCUGAGAAGAUCGAAGCAGCUGCUAAAAAGAAAGAUGAAGGAAAUGCGUGGUUUAAGAUGGGCAAGUACGCCAAGGCUUCCAAGAGAUAUGAGAAGGCUGCGAAGUACAUUGAGUACGACAGCUCCUUCAGCGAGGAUGAGAAGAAGCAAUCCAAGGCAGUGAAGAUCAGCAUCAAGCUAAACAACGCAGCGUGCAAGCUGAAGCUAAAGGAUUACAAAGAAGCAGAGAAGCUCUGCACCAAGGUUUUGGAACUGGAGAGCACAAACGUCAAGGCUCUGUACCGGAGGGCGCAGGCGUACACCGAGCUCGUGGAUCUGGAGCUGGCAGAGCUAGAUAUCAAGAAGGCUCUGGAGAUCGACCCAGACAACAGGGAGGUGAAGGUUGCGUACAAGGCGUUGAAGGACAAGCUGAGGGAGUACAACAAGAGGGACGCCAAGUUCUACGGUAACAUGUUCGCCAAAUGGAGGAAGACGGAGAACGCCGCCGGGAAGCAGGACGCACAGCCUAUGGCCAUCGACAGCACCGCGUGA